CUGAGACGGGACUGCUGUCAGUGACAGUGAGUCGAACUCUGUUCAGAUUUAUAGAAGCAGUUUCUCUUACACUGAAUGGACUCGUCACAUAUAUGCAUUGCUAAUGAAUGUGUUUCUGCAAUAUGAAGGAUGGAAGAAGACGAUGUGACGAUCAGAGAGCAGAAUUUCCACAGCCAAGUGCGCGAGUACAUCAUAUGCUUCCUCCUGUUUGCAGUACUGUACAUUGUAUCAUACUGCAUCAUCACACGCUACAAGAGGAAAAGCGAUGACCAGGAAGAUGAAGAUGCCAUUGUUAACAGAAUAUCUAUGUACCUGUGUACAUUCACAUUGGCAGUGUCUGGAGGAGCCGUCCUCCUCUUGCCAUUCUCUAUAAUCAGUAAUGAGAUCCUGCUCUCCCUUCCCAAGAACUACUACAUACAAUGGCUCAAUGGAUCACUCAUCCAUGGCCUGUGGAACCUGGUUUCCCUCUUCUCAAAUCUCUGUCUCUUUGUGCUGAUGCCUUUUGCCUUUUUCUUCUUGGAGUCUGAAGGCUUUGCUGGUUCAAAAAAGGGCAUUAAGUCUCGUGUGCUGGAGACGUUUGUCAUGCUCUUUCUGUUGGCUCUCCUCAUCCUGGGCAUCGUAUGGGUGGCGUCUGCUCUUAUUGACAAUGAUGCUGCCAGCAUGGAAUCACUCUACGAUUUAUGGGAAUUCUAUCUGCCAUACCUUUACUCCUGCAUCUCUCUGAUGGGUGGCCUUUUGUUGCUCAUGUGUACUCCAGUGGGACUGUCACGCAUGUUCACGGUGAUGGGCCAGUUACUAGUCAAACCCACAAUUUUAGAGGAUCUGGAUGAGCAGAUUUAUUGUAUUCAGCUGCAGGAAGAGGCCCUGGAGCGCAGAGUCAAUGGUACAACAUCCAACUUGUAUUUCCAUGGAAACUCUCAGCAUCUCUACAAAGAGCUGGACAUGAUUCGCAAUCAGAGGAACAAACUUGAAAGGAGAAAGAAAGCCUCAGCCUGGGAGAAGAAUCUUCUUUACCCCAUAGUGAUGCUGAUCCUGCUUGCUGGAACAACAAUUUCUGUUCUUCUGGUUGCCCUGAACAUUGUGUACUUGCUUGUUGAUGAGACUGCUUUACCAAAGGGUUCAACGGAGAGAGAUAUUGGCAAUGCCCAUUUAUCCACAUUUGGAGUUGCCCAGGCGGUUGUUGAAAUCAUUCUCAUGAUUUAUCUGAUGGUCUCAUCUCUGGUUGGCUUCUAUAGCCUUCGCAUCUUUCAGGAGCUCACUCCAAGAAAGGACGACACUACCAUGACAACGAUCAUUGGUUGCUGUGUAUCCAUUCUAGUGCUGAGCUCUGCCUUGCCUGUCAUGUCCCGAACACUUGGAAUAACAAGGUUCGAUCUCUUGGGAGAUUUUGGGAGAUUUAACUGGCUUGGAAAUUUCUACAUUGUACUUUCAUACAACCUUCUGUUUGCUGUGGUAACCACGUUGUGUCUUGUGCGAAAGUUCACAUCUGCUGUGCGAGAGGAGCUCCUCAAAGCCCUUGGUCUGGAUAAAUUGAAUCUGUCAAACAGUACAACAGAUACAGAAUCAGGGAAACAUGCUGCCAAUGGGCAUCAGAAAACUCUGUGAGAAUCAUCAAUGCAUACACUCAAACACACACAACUGUAUGUAUGUGUAUGCAGUUAGUUGUUUUUUUAUUUUAAGAGUAUAGUGACAUUUGGUCAGAGCAUCACAAAAAAAAAAUACAAAAGGCAAAAUAAUUAGGAAAAUGUGUAAAUUCGAGUGAGAUGAAACACAUUUGUGUUUAAGUCUGAGAUGAGACACUUUUGUUAGUCUGAGAUGAAGGAUAUAGAUUUAGCCCCCUAGAGAAGAACAUCCUAGCCGAGCAGUGAAUAUAGUAUAACGUUUUACAUGCCGCUGAUUCUCAAUAUCAGAAUGCUUCCACCAGCUUAUAGUGUAUAUCUACAGUGAUGAUUCUGGUGAAUCAGUCCGUUUUCACAAUGAUUAAUGGAACUGGUUUAAAUUUUGAUUGGCAAAUUUAGGUUUUAGUUGUUCUGCAUGUAAAUACUUUCAAUUCUCAUAAGUCAGUAAAGUUUAUAUAUAUAUACUGACUCGCACAUCGAAGGCCACUUGACUGCACCUUUUAAUGAGUGGUAAUUAUUAUUAUUAUUUUAUUAUUAAAUAAAUUUUAGGACAUCUAUAAUUUCCCAGUUGGAUGCAAUUAUGGGAAACUAUUAAGUAGUUUGCCAAGUUGAUAAUUCCACAUUUCUGUCACUUCCAAUGAAGUGCACAUGAAACUCAAUUUAUAGGUCAUAUAUUUUUUCCCUUAAUUGUUUGUUGAAAUUUUGCACCCUUAUAAAAUAAUAUUUUGUCAAAUUAAAAUGGAACUUGUCACAUGAAACAGGUUCAGGGCCUAGACGUCUUACAGUUAUGUGAAAACCUACAGUAACUGAUAAGAACAGCACACAUGAAGUAUAAACCUUUCGAACAUACAUAUUCAAAGUUAAGUUAUAGAUAUUUUCAUUCCAGAAUUGACUGAUUCAAUGCAAAUGAGGUGAUUUACAAGAUCAGUUCAUAAAAAUCUCAUCUACUAGCAAAAUAUGGGUUUUACAACUGGAUGGCUAUUCUGUAGCCAUUUUGCCGUUAGUAUAUGACAGAUAACAUACACCCUUUGAACUUUGUAAUUGCUGCAAUGCUUUUUUAGGAUCUAUAUACAUAUAUUUGCCUUAUUUCAAUGAAGCAUCACUAGCAGACAAGAAAACAGCCUUUAUACAUCUGGUGUGUACCUCGGAAGCUGCUUUGAUUUUUUCAAAUGGCAUGAAUGUUGAAUUUGAAUUUGUACAAUUCAGUUUUAUACAAUGUGUUUCGUUCACUCUCAUGCUGUAUUUUAGCCUGUUCAGUUGAGUGGAUUACUGGUGUACAUAGAUCAGAGGCUAAACUCUUACAUUAUGUAAAUUUUUGUGUAGAAUGGCUGUGAACACAGGACUGCAGAGCCAGAUCGUCCUAUAACAAACCUUUUAAAGUAUAUUGUGCAGUGAUGCAAAAUUAAUGUGAAGUCAGAGCUGUGUCGGCAUGUAAAAAGUAACUCAUUGAAGGGUUUCCUUAGUAGCUUUGAAAUAUAAAGAAAUCAUAGGUACAUGUGAAUUCGUCUGCCCUCCUUUUCUCCUUUUUUAACUUUUAUUUUAAAGCUGCACUACGUAACUGUGUGUUCUCAAGUGACAUCUGCGGUUGAAAUGUAAAAUUGCAAGUAAUUUGCGGAAGAAUACAUUAUAUCAGUCGUGUUCUGGCACUGCUGUUCUGGCGAAUUAAUCUCCAAAUUUGAGCUUACCUGGACAUCGCCUGUGUGUGAUCAUGACUGGAGCCGGAGUCAAAACGUGCUAUUAUCAUGUUGAUAUUAUGUUAUACGAUUAAACAUUUGAAACAAAUCUUACUUGCUUUGAUGAAGAUGAACCACACUCGUAUAUUUAAAUGAAUUUAAAUCUCUUUUCUGACACUACGGUCAAAGCACUUUUAAAUAGAGAACAGGAGACACUCCUCAGCCACUACCAGUAAAUCUUAAUAUCAUUAUUCAAGUUUUAUCUACUAUUAAUGUUUGAAUUGUACUACAGUUUUCAGUGUAAGAGGUUAAACUCGUGAUUUGGCUGAUACGAGUUCAAUAGAAGACAGCCUCAGUUACUACAAUAGUAUGUCUAUGUAAUGCACACAAUAACACGUAAAUUAAAAAAAUAAAACGAGGAUUCAAUAAUGAUGGAGAUAAAAUAUACUUUAUUAAACAUAAAAGUAAUAUCCUUAAAUAUACUAAAUAACAAUUUCAGAAGUCAUACAUAUUAAACAUGUCACGUUUAAGUCACCGCGAUCAGUUAACGCACGAGUAAUGUUUGCAAUAUAAGCAACAACUUUGCCAAACGGAUAACUGAUAAACAUCCAUCUAGACUGCAACAAUGCUGUCCUGAACUGUGUGAGAGUGUUACUGAACUGAGUUGAACAGUGUAGUUAGUUUCUCCAGCUAUUACUCUGCAUCUCUGAGAAAAUGUUUGGAGAAAAAAAAAUGCAAAGGCAUCCUUGAGUGUAGUGUUAAUGUAAACUAUGUAUUUACUUGUAUAUAAAGUAUAUUUGCUCUUUUUAUUUUUUUAGAAUGUAGAUAUGAAAUUGGCGCUUCAGCCUCAUCAUACUAUGCUAUUUGAGGAAAAUUAGUCACUCUGUAUUUGUUUAUUGAAAACAAAAAUCACCUCUGAUGCCUUAAAUAGACUUUUUUGGCUUUUUCUGUUUUAGUCUCUUUUUUUGAGUUGACAAACUGUACUUGUAUGAGAUGUGCAAAUGAGUGAGAGUGUGAUUGAUUGAUUGAUUGAUUGUGUGUGUGUGUGCGUGUGUGUGUGUGUGUGUGUGUGUGUGUGUGUGUGUGUGUGUGUGUGUAUUGACUAAUUCACUGUGAA